AUGGGCUUAAUAAAUCAACCUAUGGGUCAAAUUAAAUUGACCAAUGUUUCGUUAGUUCGUCUUAAAAGACACAAAAAAAGAUUUGAAUUAGCAUGCUACCAAAAUAAAGUCCAAGAUUAUAGAAAGGGUGUAGAAAAAGAUAUAGAUGAAGUUUUACAAAUACAUCAAAUUUUUACAAAUGUAUCAAAGGGAUUAGUUGCACCAUUAGAAGAUUUACAACAAUGCUUUGAAACUACUGAUCAAACUACUAUAAUUAAAUUUAUUUUAGAAAAGGGUGAAUUGCAACUAAGUGAUAAAGAAAGACAAUUAAAAUUACAGCAAAUUAAUAAUGAAAUGUUAAAUAUUAUUAGUAUGAAAUGCAUUAACCCUAGGAGUAAAAAAAGAUACCCUCCAACGAUGAUUCAUAAAGCCUUACAAGAAUUGAAAUUUAAUAUUGUGAUAACCAAACCUGCUAAACUACAAGCUUUAGAAGCUAUUAAGUUGUUAAUUAGUAAACAAAUUAUCCCCAUAGUUCGAGCCAAAAUGAAAGUCAAAGUUAUUGUGGAGAAUGUUACUGAUGAUAAAUUGAUUGACAGAUUGGAAACUUUGUUUUUAAGUAAAAAGAAGAUAGAACAAGAGAAUAUUAAAUGGGGAUGUGAAGGUUUAAUUGAUCCUGUUAGUUAUAGGGAAAUUGUUGGCUCAUUAAAUAACGGUCAAGUGGGCAAUAUACAAGUUUUAGAUAUGGCAGUAGUAGAUGAAUGA